AUGCGGGAUGGUUGGAGAAGCUUUUGGAGCGGCCAUUCCAGUGGCUCUUUUGCUGGAUUGAGUUUCUUGUCGUAUUACAUGGCGGGGAAGUUACAUAUGUUCGACGAACAAGGAUAUACGGCCAAGGUAUGGGUAGCUUUGGCACCACUACUUAUCGCAUUGCUCGUUGCAAUUUCUCGCACAGUAGACAACCGUCACCACUGGCAGGAUGUAACAGUUGGAGCAGUAGUAGGGAUGAAUCUCGCCUACUUCGCAUAUAGGCAGUAUUAUCCUUCGUUGGCUGAUAAGCUAUGUCAUGAAGCAUAUCAGGCCCGGUUAUCUCCCUUUCAAUGUGAUCUUCCACGAGAUGAACUGGAUAGAGAGGGACCUGAUGAUGAGGAGAGCCGUCCGUUGAUUAGGAGUUAUUCUAAUCAAGACAUAAAUAGCCCUCGCUCCGAUAGGUCGUAG